AUGCGUUUCAAUAGAGUUUUUCGUCAGCAUUAUUACCUUAGAAGGGUUUUCGAGAAUGGAGUCAAUAGAAGAACAAUGCAACAUAGAAGAAACUUCAACACAUUUAUUAAAUUAAGCAAAUCAGAAGAACUAUUUAUUAUAAAAAAGGCUGAAAAAUAUACGAAUUAUGUAAAAGAAGGAUAUGAAUUUAAAGUAGGUGUUUGGUUAAAUAUAUGCAGUUUAUUAAUUUUAGUUAUGAUAAGUAUAGGAGGUUAUACGAGACUAACUGAAAGUGGAUUAUCAAUAACUCACUGGAAAUUUCAAGGAAUAAAAUAUCCACGAAAUGAUGAAGAAUGGCUAAAAGAAUUUGAAAAAUAUAAAUCAACACCAGAAUAUAAAGAAGUACAUUAUAAUAUAUCAUUGGAUGAAUAUAAGAAAAUCUUUUUUAAUGAAUGGCUACAUAGAAUGUUUGGUCGUGCUAUUGGCUUAUUUUUUGUGAGUGGUUCUGCUUUAUUUUUGUAUAAAAAGUGUUUAAAAAAAAAUAUGCUUAAAAAUUUAAGUGUUCUCUUUGCAUUAGGGACAUUUCAAGGUUUCGUUGGUUGGUGGAUGGUAAAAAGUGGAUUUGAAAAAUUACAAACAGAAAAUAAAACACCAAGGGUAUCUCCUUAUCGAUUAGUUUUUCAUUUGUUCUGUGCGACGGUAAUGUAUAGUUAUCUUUUUCUGAACUCUUUAACAUUAAUUGAAAUAGGAAAAUUAAGAAGACAAUUUUCAAAAAGCCAAAUAACAAAGUGGCCCGAAUUUUUAAGAAAUGAAUUAAUGCAUGAAAUGUAUGAAAAACGAAAUGUUACCAAGAAAAUGAAAUUAGGAUUAUUUGCUUUUGCAUUUUUAGUUCUUUCAAAUAUUUUAUAUGGAGGUUUUGUAGCAGGUAAUGAUGCUGGGUAUGCUUAUAAUACAUGGCCAAAAAUGUUGGAUAAAUAUAUUCCCGAUGAGGUAGCAAACUUUUAUAUGAACAAAAAAAAAAAGUAUGAGCAGUUAUUUGAAAAUACUGGAAUAGUACAGUUCAAUCAUCGAAUGCUUGCAUAUUUCAUUGUUUUAAGUAGUUUCCUAUUACAUUAUUAUUCCAAGCAAAUGGCUUUAAGUAGAAAAACAAAACUUCUCUUUUUCGCAUUACCAUUUAUCACAACAGUUCAAAUGUUAACAGGAAUAAAUCUGUUAGUACAUCACGUUCCUAUUCACAUGGCUUUGGUGCACCAAUUUGGGGGUUUCUGCAUUUUGUCGACUCUUCUUCAUUUAAUUAAGCGCACGUGCAGGUGA